AUGGACGAAGUUGUGGUUUUCCGCUCGGCGAAGCGUAGGAAAUUCAACCGUGCUCAACUCCAAGAAUCCCCCGAACCAAAACCGUCGAUAGAAUCAGCACCAGCGGAGGAGGGGGACCGUCAGCAUGGUGGCAACGUUGAUCGCGAUAACGAGGAUGGAUCAGAAGUCGACCUGCCGAAUUUGAUACGGGCUCGAAAACACCUCCGCCGACCCGUUGCCGGUGUCCAAUUCUCCACCACGAAGACAGCCGCGAGGACCGACGAGGAAGAUGCCGACAUGGCCGUUGCCAGAGCAGAGCAAGCGGCCGACAAGCCGAUAGAUAUUUCCAACCGGUUCGUCAGCAGCACAGGUCAGGCGAUCAACGUUGAUCAACAUAUGGUUGCCUUCAUAGACGCCGAACUGGCUAGAAGACGAAAUCGCACGGUUUCCCCUUCGAACGAUGCACAGCAACAAAACACUGAAAAGGACAGUGAGGUCGAGACGCCGCCGGACAAACCUCACACCGAAUCGACGAUACAGUCUGCCUCGGCGACUUCAAACGUGCCAACUCUAUCCCACCCAGCGACUGUCCGCCAGCUCACUGAGGUCGAUCUCGGCGAUUCAGCGCACGAAAUCAACCUUGCACGCAUCCAAGCUGCAUUGGAGCGUGCCAAAUCAGGCCAGCCUCCGAUCCCGGAGGAAGCCGCCGCCCCAAAACCGCGUAAGCCACGUAUUGGUCGCGAUGGGAAACCGAUGAAACCGCGGCCACGGAAACGCAGGAACAGUGAGGAUCUUGCUCGCGACGCGCUUGUGGAGCAGGUGCUGCACGAGCACAAGCUUGAUAUCUAUGAUGUGGACGAUCCGCGUCGUCCCAAGGGAUUGAAUGGCGAUGACGCUGAGGCCGGCGAUGCAGAUGAACGACUUGCUGAACAAUUCCGGCAGGAGUUCAUGGAUGCCAUGGCGGAGCGGCACCACAGACACAAGGCCUCAGGCCAGUCGAAGACGGCUGGUGCGGCGGAGAAGGAACCCAGAGGGCCGAAAUUGGGCGGAAGUAGGGCUGCAAGGGCGAAGAUGGCACAGAUGCUGCAACAGCAGCGGGAGCAACAGCAACCUGGACAGUCGUCAACAAAGAAGUAG